CCGGGCUGCCGGAAGCCGCUGGUUCAAGUAGGGCCACCCGCGGACUAGGCCCCACUGCGCAGGCGCAUAGGGCGGCCGGAAGUGACGUCGAUAACGCUGAGCCAGGUUCAGGGAAGAGUAGUGUAGGUGAGCAGGACGGGAGCAAGGAUCCGGGGCCACUAUGAGCUGCACCAUCGAGAAGAUCCUGACAGACGCCAAGACGCUGCUCGAGCGGCUACGGGAACACGACGCGGCCGCAGAGUCGCUCGUGGAUCAGUCCGCCGCGCUGCACCGGCGGGUGGCCGCUAUGCGGGAGGCGGGGACGGCGCUUCCGGACCAGUAUCAAGAAGAUGCAUCCGAUAUAAAGGACAUGUCCAAAUUCAAACCUCACAUUCUGCUGUCCCAAGAGAAUACACAGAUUAGAGACUUGCAGCAGGAAAACAGAGAGCUAUGGGUUUCCUUGGAGGAACACCAGGAUGCUUUGGAACUCAUCAUGAGCAAGUACCGGAAACAGAUGUUACAAUUAAUGGUUGCCAAAAAGGCUGUGGAUGCUGAGCCUGUCCUGAAAGCUCACCAGUCUCACUCUGCAGAAAUUGAGAGUCAGAUUGACAGAAUCUGUGAAAUGGGAGAAGUGAUGAGGAAAGCAGUUCAGGUGGAUGAUGACCAAUUUUGUAAGAUUCAGGAAAAACUAGCCCAAUUAGAGCUUGAAAAUAAGGAACUUCGAGAAUUAUUGUCCAUCAGCAGUGAAUCUCUACAGAUGUUGGAGGACUACUUCAGUGUUCCCCAAAAUGGCUUGCAGACUACUAAAAUAGAAAUUUGGGAGUGGGAUCCAGGAAUUUGUAUUUUAAUAAUCAUCCCAGAUAACGUCUAAGAAUGAUGUAGCUGAGAGCAUGUAACUGACAUGGACAAUAUUUAAUCAGUGGUCUUACCUAUGUACAGAAGAAUGCAGUUCUGUCUUUCACAUCUGCCGUUUCUCAUCCUUCAUGUUCUUUUCUUGUGGUUACAAGAAGGUUGGUGCUGUACCAGAUGUCUUGGCCAUAUUGAAGGCAGGAAGAAAAAGGGAAAUGUCCUGUGCCAACUGUGUGUACCCUCUUUUACGAAGAAAAGCAAAGCUUUCCCAGAAAUUCCAGACAUAUUUCCCUGUCUUGCUUGCCUCUUUAAAUUCGUACUUCUGUCUGCAAAAGCUGGGUACAUAGUUGCCUCAAAUAAAAUCAGUAUUCCGUUAGCAAGGAGGAAAGAGUAUUGAGAAAGCAAUUAACAAUGUCUGACAAGUCCUUUUAUGUUGAAAGUUUUAACAAGUGAAGGCAUUAGCUGAAGGUGUUGGGUAGUCAAGCGCAAUAUCCUUGUUCCUAUCCUGUUUAGGGAAUUCCCUCACCUAAUGAGGCAGAGCCUGCCUCCCUCCUAAGAAAUUUGAAAGUGUCAGAUACGUUUUCCCAGCCUCUUUUCAGCUAAGGAACUUGCAACCACCUUCAACUUUAAAAUUUAGGCAAAGAAGCAAGAAACUAUGCAGUAUUCUCUGCGUAAAGGCCUACAACACUGGCUACUCUACGCAGUUUCACAAAGAAGCAGCAAAAGUGGCUUUAGUGACACUCAGUAUCCAGUGUCAGCAGGGUCGCUGGUAUAAGCUGCAGUGUCUCUGCCACACAGUGGGAUCUUCACUGAAGCAAUUAUCUGAAGUAGAUAAUAGAUUAUCUGAAGUAGUAGUAGAGGCUCUGUAGCCUCUAAUUCUGGUUUUUCUGGCUGUCUUAGACAUCCUGAGGAUGCUGAUUAGCCUUUUUAAAAAACACUUUUUUGUUAAAGUUAACCUGAAUUGCCUAUAAUUAAGAACACUGACUGGUAAAAUAAGUAUAGUUUUGAAAACAACCAUGCAGCAUGUGCUGUGGCUCAGUCAGUUAAGUGCCUAACUCUUGAUCUCAGCUCAGGUCUUGAUCUUAGAGUUGUGAGUUCAAGCCCCAUGUUGGGCUUCAUGCUGGGCAUGGAGCCUACUUCAAAGCAAAACCAAAGGCAACCAUGCAAAUACAGAUUUUGCCAACACUUUAUACAUAGUGUUAUAUUUUAAUAUUUAACACUUAUAAAAGGAUGUGUAACAUACAAAUAGAUUAUCAAUCAUUUGUCACCUCACUUAAGAAUUAGAACAUUACCUGUACUUUGUAUUUAUCAAUUUGAGCUCCUCUCCUGUCUCUCCCCACCUCCCUUCUCCCUUUUUGAUAGUUUACCACAUGCAAAAAAGACAUAAAAUAUGUAUGAAUCCCUAAAGUGACAUGUUCUAGAUUUGUUCCUUUUUGAGCUGUAUAAAAAUGGUAUAUUUUACAUAGUCUAUAGGGAUAUGAUUUUUUUCACUCAACAUUAUGUUUCUAAGAUCCUUUUGUUACACAUAGCUAUUAUUUAUUUCCACUGGUCCAUUAUAUUUCAUUGUGACUAUAUAAUAGAUUAUGAUACAUAAAGUACAAUUAAUGCAUUUUUAAAACCCUUGCUGAUAUCGGACUUCUUAAUUUUUAAUUCUCCAUCUAACUCAUUUAGAUUAGAUAUAUUUCACAAUAAGCAGUCAUAUUGCACAUUUUUCAGUUAUUUCAUUUGCAGUUGUCUAAGCAACUUUCAGAGGGAAUUAAGGACUAUUAUCUGUUAAUACAAUGGAAAGCAGAUAAUGCUUUUUCUUUUAUCGCUCAACUAAAGAGGCAGAACCUUCAGAGCUUCUAAAUGAACUACAAUUCAUUCAACAUUUCAUCUAGCCUCCUAAAAAUACAUGAGGAAUGGAUGGAAGUGGACUUCUGCAUGAUAUCCUAAGAUUCAUUUAUUUCAUAUUUUAACAUAUCUUACACAUAAGAUAAGUCUUACACAUGUACAGGUUUGUGGUGUGGUUGAUUCUAAGCAUAUGCAAAAUUGGCUAUGUUCCUGAUGGCAUGACUGGACAAAGGUAAGCUCUUGGUGUUUUGGUCAAGAAACUUUUAAGCACUAUUUGAGAAGGGAAUUGAGGUUUAGCUGUUGUCUGAACUUUUCAUUCAUGUGAACCUUCUUGUAAGAUCAAAAGAGUGUCAGUAUAAGCACUUGGGAGUAUGGCUAUAUUCAUUCUCUACUGCUAUGUAACAUUACCACACAUUUAACACUUCGAAGCAAUGCCCAUAUAUUCUCUUACAGUUCAGAAGUCAGAAGUCAAUGCAGAGUUUAACUAGGUUCCCAUCUAAUGAUCUCACAAGGCUGAAAUCAAGGUGUCAACAUAGGUUAGCAUCUCCUCUGGGGCUCUGGGCCCUCUCUCAAGUUCACAUGGUUGUUGGUAAAAUUCAUUUCUGUGCAGGUGUAAAACUAGGACUUCAGGGCCAACAGGAGAUCAUCUCUCUGACCUCCCUUGUCUCCCACCUCUAGGCUCCCUUUUAAAAGCUCACCUGAGGGGUGCCUGGGUGGCUCAAUGUUAAGUGACCAACUUUGGUUUCAGCUCAGGUAGUGACCUC